GGAAGCUGAUGCUGUAAAACAGCCCUCUUGUUUUGUUGAAUGUUGCUUGGCAACCUCUUUUUUUCCCCCCAAUCGUGUUAGAAAUGACAGAGUUGCACCAGGCAGCUGCUGCUGGAGACUUUGAUCUAGUGGAGGAGAUUCUGAACAAGAAGAAAUGUAACCCCAAUCACAGAGACAUAGACUGGAACUACAAGACACCGCUUCACUGGGCAGCAGCCAAAGGACAGACAGAGACUGUUAGAAUUCUGGUGGAGCACGGAGCCAGAGCCUGCCUGAGAACUGAUAGUGGAUGGACACCUGCCCACUUUGCAGCCGAGGCUGGGAGACUUGGAGUGCUGCGCCUGCUCCACUCAUUACACGCCCCCAUAGACAAAGAGGACUUCUCUGGUGAUAAACCAGUCAGAAUAGCAGAAGUCUAUGGACAUAAUGACUGUGUUCGAUUUCUUGAAAGUGCAGAGCCAGAGUGCAGGACCUACCGCCAGAUGGCAGUGUUAAACAGCUUUCCAUUGGACGACACGGACAAGGAAUGGGAGGAGCAGAGAAGAUAGGAACUAAACAGGACUGAAAAACAAGGGAUUACCACACCUCAUUAACAAAAACA